CUCUGCUCCAACGCAAGGUCAUCGCAGAAUGGUUCAUUUCCUGGCGGCAUCCUAUUAUCCUCCCAGUAAGGACAUAGAGUGGCAUUUCAACUGCGGCCUAAAACAUCAAACAUAUGGAUCCUGAACUCCGAGUGCCACCGCCAACGCGUUGGAAGGCUCGACGCGCGCUGUUUCAUACCCUUUCGCCUCCAGGGAGCUCCAGGGAGAGCCGGCGGUAGCAAUAGCUUAGACCUGCCCAUUAUGGGCGGAUAAGCGUAUGGUCCAAGCCACAGUGGCUUCGCUCGCCGCUUUGACAAUGGGCCACAGCGUAGAGGCGAUAUAAAAGAAAGCUGGGAGAGAUGUAUUCUCUUCGGACCUCUUCUGCUUUGUCACCGAUGAUCUACUCGCUCGUGCAUCCGAAGCCUUGAGCAACUCAGCACCUUCUCCGCCACCGUCAAGGCGCCGGGAUCCUAUGGCUGAAAAUGAAAGCCUCGAUACUUCAGAGUAUACGCGCUACUUUGCUCUCCCUGCCUCGGAAGCCACGCUUGCUCUUCGUCGCGCCUUUGGAGUGGACACCGUUCUCCACCUUGCGCAUGUCAGGUACCUGAAUCCAAACAGCGUUACCUCUAUUGGCUUGGCUCAACCGCAGCAGCCUCAAGAAGCCUCCUCCAGUGUACCGACUUCACACAGGUCACGUCCAACUGCCAACUCGCCGCCGCCUCUGGCAUCUGGAAGCCCAGCUACUACGCCGCAACCUCGCAUUCUUGACUCGCCUGCUCUCUUGGAUGAUGCAUCUCGUGCCUUAUGUCAACAGUUUAUCGCAUCGUCUUCGCCCCACGACUCUCCUGCUCAGUCUGUCCGUUUUCACUGCGACCACCCUCGCCAGGCAGACUCCUCUCAGCUGCUGACUGAGCCUUUCGCUCCUGAAGAACCUGCAACGCUCCCGGCAGAUACUCCUUCUGUCACUCGAUAUAGCCCAUCUGAGUCUUCUGAUGACGACGAAUCCGCCCGCGGCUCACGAGCGGCUGGCCGUACCCUCAACAUCUGUCAUGCUGACCGAGAAUUUGUUGUCAAGAAGACUAUAGGGCACUGCGCCUAUGGUCUCGUCUGGCACGCUGACAUGGCCAACCUGCAUUCCGGUCAAAAACGGGAGGUCGCUAUCAAGGCGCUGCACAAGACUACUAUGCUCGUCGCCCGCACCCGCUCUCGCGGGCAAGGCCAGGAUCAGCGCGACGCCAUCGUUGAUGCUAAUCUAGCCCUCGAGCGCAACAUGCGCAAUGAGCUGCACGUUCUCAAGAAGGUCACGAGGAGUCGUAGCCCGUUCCUGAGUCCGUUGCUCUAUGCCUUCAGCAAGGAGAAAUACUUCUACUUCGUUAUGAGGAAGUACCUCACGGACUUGCGCACGUUGACGCAUGUUAAUAAGCAUGUAUCGACGAAGCAGAAGCGGACAUGGGCAGCUGAGAUUGUUUCUGGUCUCGAUGACUUGCACAGCCUUGGGAUCGUUCACCGGGACAUCAAGCCCGAGAACAUCUUCAUUAGCCCCUCCGGUCACGCAGUGAUCUCCGAUUUUGGGCACGCUGCGUAUGCCGGAGACGACCGGGGAGUCGAAGACCUUCAGAUGAACGCCGCCUCCGGAACUCCUGGAUUCAUGGCCCCCGAGCAGAUCCCGCAGCGUUGCAGCGGUGGAUAUACGUUCAAGGUCGACAUGUGGGCGUUUGGUGUUACUCUGAUGGAGAUCGUCCUCGGUGAUGUGAGUCACUUAUCUCUCUUUCUUUCCAUGCGAAGCAUUUGCUGA